UUUUAGAGACGCACAAGGAAGACAAAGCGUUAUUUACAAACUGAAAGUUUUUGACGACGAGCAAAAUCAUAAAUCAGCUCUAAAGUUUUCGGCACCGAAACGGUUUUUUAGGGCAUCAAUCCUCAAGAGUCACACUAUUCCUAUAGGAUGAGUGUAUGGUUAAACCGGUGAGUUUUCAGUGAGGUUGAAGGAUGGUGGACGAGGGGGGCAAAAUGACGCUACGGCGUCUGGAAGUGCCAAUCCAUAAGUUCAUCAAAGUGGUCAUUCCCACUGACCUGGAGCGCCUUCAGAAGCACCAGCGUAACAUAGAAAAGUUCCACAGGAACAGCCAGUGGGACAAACUGCACCAAGAGCACAUCAACGCUAGUCGCACUGUGCAGCAGUUGCGCUCGAACCUUCACGAGAUGGACAAGUUGUGCCAGCGAGUCCGCAGCUCCGAAGCACCUGCGCUGGAGAAACUCGUCCAGCCAAUCCGAGAGCGCGCCUCAGUCGCAACUCAAGACUUCCUGCAGCUUCGUUCGGACACUGUCAAUCACCCAGGGCCACACCCACCUCAAACGUACAGCACGGACGCUCACACCGGCUCCGACUCAGCAUAUAGUGAAGAAGAUGUGGGCGGGGCUGAGUCACCUGUCACUCAAAUCCAAGAUUAUUUGCCCACCAUUCCAGCUGAACAGAACGCUGCAGAAUCUUGGGACACGUUAGAAGAGGACCUGCUGGAGCUCAAUGGGUUAGUGAAAGAGUUCUGCUCCCUCGUGCAUACACAGCAGGAGAAGAUCGACAGCAUCGAGGCCAACGUAACUGCGGCGGCGGUUAACGUGGAGGAGGGGACCCGCAGCCUGGGGAAGGCAGUGCGUUCAAGCCUGGCAGUGUUGCCUGUAGCAGGUGCAGUGGUUGGCACCGUCCUGGCCGGGCCACUCGGAUUGCUGGCGGGGUUUAAAGUGGCCGGCGUGGCAGCCGCAGUGGGAGGAGGCUUGCUGGGCUUCGCUGGAGGAAACCUCAUCCAGCGCAAGAAGAAAGAGAGAGUGGAGCUGCAGCUUCAACGACUCGACACUAAGCAGGAACACGAGCAUGCACAAUAACACACCUGCUCCUGACAGGGAGAGCGGAAUCCCGUACCGAGACACAUUUAAAUCGGAAACGACGCUGGUAUUUAUAACACACUUCUAUAGACUAUCACUGCUUAACGCUGUUGCCUUAAAUAGACUGUUUUUUGCAUCAAAACAACAAUUCCCAAAGAGUGUGUAAUAAUGUAAUGUUCUUGCGAUUACGAUGUGACCGUUCAUCAGAUGGUUAUGUGUGAGGGUUUAAGGUGUGGUUAAAAAAAAAAAGAAAAGAAAAAGGGGGGGGGUGUUUAAUUGAUGGAGCUGUGCCGGAGGUUACGAUAAUUAGACAAAUAAUCACAAAUAGGCCUGUCACUACUAUUACAUAAGAAUUUAGAAAUUAUUUUUGAGCGUCAUCAUUAAAUCAUUAGAUUCUAAAAUCAUAUGUACAGAAGCUCUAAAGCACAUUAAACAUUCUCAGCUUGUUGAUCACAUGAACAUCAUAUCUCUAUAACAAUACUCUUUUAAGUCACUAUUUUUGAUCUGUGUCGUGUCUACAAAUGUUUUGUUUUUUGUCUUGUAAUUUAGCCAUUUUUACUAAAAACCUGUACAUAAAGAAUUCUUGUAGAUAACUGUAAUACAGUUUUGGAUACCUCAGCAA